AUGAAUUACAAUCCAUUCAGACGAACGCCACCGCGACUCACACGGGAACAAAUCAUUGAGAACGAAAUCAACAAGAAAAAAGAAGAAUUACAAAGAACUAAUUUUAGCUCCUCUCCAUCCAAUGAUAUCCAAUUUAUAUCUUCGGAAUCUAAGAUACCAACUAAAUCACCAUCAUUUGUUUCAGAAACACACAAACCUCGAACGAGACCAUUAUUUUCCGAAAAAUAUUCUUCUUCAAAAAAUAAUGAUAGUUCCGAGGAAGAAAUCAUUAUUAAAAUCGAAAAUACCAAAGACAAAAAGACCAGAAAAGCAAAUUACGUGUACAACCAAAUCGUUUAUUGCCCUAGCUUAAAGCAACAUAUCGUUUAUUGUGGAAUCAAUACGGAAGGUAAAUGCGUUUGUACUGGAUUCAAUAAGGUUACAGCAUAUGAAUUAGAUAUGGAUCAAAUACAGCCAAGUCCGGAAAAAUUUAUUCCAAAAUUAUACGAUGAUCUCAAUCAGGCAAUCAAAAAUAGACCAGUUACUGAAAGUGAGUUCAUUAAGUUAUGCAAGGAAAAAUAA